AUCGUGCCCAUAUAAAUAGCAAGUUUGAUGCCCUUGAAACUUGUUGAUCUAUUUGUAAGCUUUGGCACAAGCAAGACUGAUAGGAAAAGGUAAACUAUGGCAGACACUAACACUAAUGGAAAUAGAAAUCCCACAACAAGCAAUCAAGUGAAUCCACCAAAGUUAGAUCCGGAACUUAAAGUUCUAAAAGAUGAAGAUCUCCCGACGGAGACAAAGCUUUGGAAAGACACCAAAAAAGACAUCCUACCGGUCGAUUUUCUUUUGUUGACGGUGAGGGACUUUGAAUUCCUUGGCUGUCUGACUUUUCUUAAAGAUCUUGAGAAGAGUUAUCAAAAAAAUCUUGGCUACGUACACUUCGGAGCUGUCGGUAAUGGCGAGAAGAAAAUGAAGGUCGCAGUGAUGAAAAGCCAGAUGGGCGCCAGCGGUGUAGGUGCUGCGGUGAUUACCGUCCGGAACGCGGUCCCAAUUUUAAGGCCCAGAGCAGUCUUUUAUGUAGGUAUCUGUGCCAGUUUGAAGAAGGAGAAACUAAAGUUAGGUGAUGUGGUCGUAUGCCGAAAAUUAGCAACCUACUCCUCCAUAAAAAGGACGGAAAAAGGGAUCGAAAAUCGAAACGUCGUGGUUCCUAUUAGUAAGAAUCUGUUGAACUUCAUCAAAAAUAUUACAGAUGGAUGGAAACCACCUUUAGAGAACCCAGCCAGUCAGGAUGUGAAGGUUUGCAAAGAAGGCGUGUUUCUGAGUGGGCCUGAGGUGGUUGAUAGCAAAAAACGACGUGAUGAACUAAUCAGACGUACAUCUGUAGCUACAGCUAUUGAGUGUGAAGGGGAAGGUCUUUUUGCAGCCGCCUACGACCUCGACAUUGAAUGGUGUGUCAUUAAGGGCGUUUCAGACUAUGCAGAUGGAAAAAAAUCCGAAACUGACUCUUGGAGACAAUUCGCCAGUAUUAUGGCAGCCUCUCUCGUCACGCACGCUGUGAAGGAUGUCAAUGUUUUUGAGUCCUGGCCUCACUUUGAAGAUGAAGAUGAUUCGGAUGAUGAAGACAGUUCUCCCCGAAAGAGACGACGGUCCUCAUCUCGUUCUUCCAGCUCAGACUCUAAGAGAAACAAAGGGACAGCAGCUUUUUCGAUUCAAGACUGGUGCACCAUAUUUUGACGAGUUAGACGCUCUGUCCCGGAAACUUAGCAAAAAAUGGGAGAACCUAUCAGAACGACUGGGAUUCGACCCAAGCGGCGAAAUAGAUGCCUUUAAAAAACAUAAAGGGCUGGCAAAUAAGGCUUACGGUAUGUUAAGGGCUCGGAAACAAAGGAAAGGCAAAGAUGCCACUUACACAGAGUUGUACAAUGCCUUGUCAUCAUUUGGUGGGAUUGAUGUAAACUUCAAGCAGAAGAGUUUUGUUGCAAUUGGAGUGCAGGGAAUGACUCUGUAGCCCUCUAUUGCAAAAGAUGGAGGCUUUUCAAAAUUGCUUCCUCUGCCUUUUUAAGUUUAUUUUCCAUCAAUCUAGUACUUUAUCGAGCAUCUCUGUCAACAAAUAUUCGUGCUUAGAAAGUCAUUAAUUUUUCUUGCGCUCGAAGACAGGGAAAAACAUUACCUCAAAGAAUAGAUAAGUAUUCCUUUUUUUGAUAGAAAAAUCGUUGUUUUAACGAAAAUAACAUUGAUGUUAGAAAUCAGUCAGAUGUGCUAAGAACAAUCCAGGCCUGAAGCGUCUUUAUACCUCACACCCCGACAUUAGGGUGCGCUUUCUCUUAAUUUUUUUCUACGCAUUUCCUGCAGAACUGACAAAGAGAAUACGUCUAACAAUCAAGAGCUUUUUAAGUUGAUGAUCAUUUCCUUUAUUCUCGUGACCUUAAUUUUUCAUUCAGGAGUGAUACUAUAUGGAGAAAAUAAAUUCUGGCACUGUUUGGGUUAAAGGAUUAAUCAUUGUGGCGAGCGGAAAAUAGUUUAUGAAGGUUUCACCUCAUUGCACAUUCAUCCCUUACAACUCUUGCGAGUUCGCCGCCAGAAAUAAAACAUUUUCGCUCACGCCUAUGCCAGUUCGCCCCCACCGAUACCUUUGAUCAUUUCACUCCAAAUGUAGAACACAUUCUUUUUCGGUCGAAAUCAUGACAGAUUUCGAUCAACGUGCAAUUAAUUUUACAGCAGUUUUACAUAGAGAAUAAUACAUGGGUCGGUGCACGUAGAUGGGGAAUUUCUCUUCAAGUGUUUCACUCGAUAUUCCACGAGUGUGCAAAUAAAAUCAUGUUAUAGUU